GCCCAAGAUGGCGGCGUCUGAGGCGACUGGCCGAUACAGGAGCACUAUGAGCAAAAGCAAGGACCCCUCCGGCCUGCUCAUCUCCGUCAUCAGGACAUUGUCCACCAGCGAUGACGUUGAGGACCGGGAGAAUGAGAAGGGUCGCCUGGAAGAGGCGUAUGAAAAGUGCGAUCAUGGUUUGGAUGAGCUGAUUGUUCAGCACUACACUGAGCUCACGACUGCUAUCCGCACCUACCAGAGCAUCACGGAGCGCAUCACCAACUCCCGCAACAAGAUCAAGCAGGUCAAGGAGAACCUGGUGUCCUGUAAAAUGCUUCUGCACUGCAAACGGGACGAGCUGCGCAAGCUGUGGAUCGAAGGCAUCGAACACAAGCACGUCUUGAAUUUGCUGGACGAGAUUGAGAACAUCAAGCAGGUGCCCCAGAAGCUGCAGCAGUGCAUGGCCAGCAAGCACUACCUCACUGCCACGGAUAUGCUGGUCUCGGCAGUUGAUUCCCUAGAGGGACCCCUCCUUCAAGUGGAGGGACUAAGCGAUCUGAGAUUGGAGCUUCACAGCAAGAAGAUGAAUAUGCAUUUGGUUCUGAUAGAUGAACUGCACCGCCAUCUUUACAUCAAAUCCACUAGUAGGGUUGGACAGCGGAACAAAGAAAAAGGGAAAAUAAGCAGUUCACUUGUGAAGGAUGUCUCUCCUGUGCCUCUUCUCGAUGUAACUAACUUGACCACUCCUCGUAAGUUCCUGGACUCCUCUCAGUUCAGCACUCCAGGAAACUCCAGUGGGAGAGAUAUCAGCUUGAUGGAAAUCAAGGAAGACUUAGAUCUGGAUCCUGAGGAGAACAGCUCUGUCUUUAUGGGCAUCCUCAUCAAAGGCCUGGCCAAGCUGCGGAAGAUUCCAGAGACAGUGAAGGCCAUUCAGGAUCGGCUGGAGCAGGAACUGAAGCAAAUUGUUAAGAGAUCUACCACUCAGGUGGCAGACAGUGGCUACCAGAGGGGAGAGAACGUAGUCCAGGAAAACCAGCCUCGGUUACUCCUGGAGCUUCUGGAACUUCUCUUUGACAAAUUCAAUGCUGUCGCUGCUGCUCACGCCGUUGUCCUGGGGCAUCUUCAGCAGACUGUUGCUUCUCCCUCCAGUCAGUAUGAUGGGGACAUAAAGUUAUAUGACAUGGCAGACGUGUGGGUGAAGAUUCAGGAUGUCUUGCAGAUGCUGCUCACGGAGUACUUGGAUAUGAAAAAUACACGGACAUCUUCAGAGCCGUCAGCUCAGCUUAGUUACGCCAGCUCUGGGAGGGAAUUUGCGGCAUUCUUUGCAAAAAAGAAACCUCAGAGGCCUAAAACGUCUCUGUUCAAGUUUGAGUCAUCUUCCCAUGCUAUUAGCAUGAGUGCCUAUUUGCGGGAACAGCGGAGGGAGCUCUACAGCAGGAGUGGUGAACUUCAAGGAGGACCUGAUGACAACUUGAUAGAAGGUGGUGGGACAAAGUUUGUCUGCAAGCCGGGAGCCCGAAAUAUCACGGUCAUCUUUCAUCCACUUCUGAGAUUUAUUCAAGAGAUUGAGCAUGCUUUGGGACUCAGCCCAGCGAAGCAGUGUCCACUCCGGGAAUUCCUCACCAUGUAUAUCAAGAACAUCUUCCUUAACCAAGUCCUGGGAGAAAUCAACAAGGAAAUAGAAGGGGUCACGAAGAUCACCGACCCGCUGAAGAUCUUGGCCAAUGCGGACACCAUGAAGCUGCUGGGUGUGCAGAGGCCUCUCUUGCAGAGCACGGUAAUUGUGGAAAAAACAGUCCAGGACCUCAUGAACCUGAUGCAUGACCUAAGUGCGUACUCUGACCAGUUCCUCAACAUGGUAUGCGUCAAACUCCAGGAGUACAAGGACACCUGCACUGUGGCCUACAGGAGCAUUGUUCAGUCCGAUGAAAAGCUGGUUAUUAGUGCGUCUUGGGCAAAAGACGAUGAUAUCACCAGACUCUUGAAAUCUCUUCCGAACUGGAUCAACAUGGCACAGCCCAAGCAACUGAGGCCUAAGAGGGAGGAAGAGGAAGAUUUCAUCAGAACUGCCUUUGGCAAGGAGUCUGAAGUGCUCAUUGGGAACCUGGGCGAUAAACUGAUUCCCCAGCAAGAGAUUCUUCGUGACGUCAGUGACCUGAAGGCCUUGGCCAACAUGCAUGAAAGCUUGGAGUGGCUCUCUGGUCGUAUGAAGGCAGCUUUCUCCAACCUCCCAGUGGCACAAAUGUCACCUGGCCAAGACGGUCACGCCAACAUGGAUCUCCCGCCCGUGUCCGAGCAGAUCAUGCAAACCCUCACCGAGCUGGCCCGAUCGUUCCAGGAAAUGGCUGACCGCUGCUUGCUGGUCCUGCACUUAGAAGUCAGGGUUCACUGCUUCCACUACCUGAUCCGCUUGGCGAAGCAAGAAAACUAUGCCAUUGUUGCCAACGUGGAGAGCAUGGAUUAUGACCCCCUGGUGGUGCAACUCAACAAGGACAUCAGCGCCGUUGAAGAAGCCAUGAGUGCCAGUCUCCAGCAACACAAGUUCCAGUACAUCUUUGAAGGUUUGGGCCAUUUGAUUUCCUGCAUCCUCAUAAACGGGGCCCAGUACUUCAAGCGCAUCAGCGAGUCGGGCAUCAAGAAGAUGUGUCGAAACAUCUUUAUCCUUCAGCAGAACCUGACCAACAUCACCAUGUCCCGGGAGGCAGAUCUGGACUUUGCCAGGCAGUACUACGAGAUGCUGUACAACACGGCGGACGAGCUGCUGAACCUGGUGGUGGAUCAAGGCGUGAAGUACACUGAGUUGGAGUACAUCUAUGCCCUGAGCUUACUGCACCGCAGCCAGACAGGCGUUGGGGACCAAACAACCCAGAACAUGCGGCUGCAGCGCCUGAAAGAGAUCAUCUGCGAGCAGGCGGCUAUCAAGCAGGCCACCAAGGACAAGAAAAUCACCACGGUGUGAUUCACACCCGCGUGGUCCUUUCCGUGGCGGAACAGGGCUGCUGCUGCUGCUGCUGCUUCCACGCAAGCCAGAGUAGCUUCAUGCUUGGUUGCAACUGAUAAGAAUUACAUUGUUAUGGGAGGUGUUUGUAUUGCUAGAGCAAAGUGUGUGGGGGAGCUGUAUCUAUGAUGUCAUAUUUGGGUAGGGUGACCCUAUUGAAAGGAGGACCGGGCUCCUGUGUCUUUAACAGUUGUAUUAGAAGGGAAAUUUCAGCAGGUGUCAUUUGUAUAUA